GCUCAGACGAAAAUCAAUCACCAUAUCACCAUGGCAUCCCUCACGAUGGCUUCGCGCUCCACCUUCGUGCCAGCUCUCAAGCCACCGCCAGGAAUAACCUCCAAUCCCAACCAUCCAUCAUCAUGGACCCGUCUUGCAAGCAUACUUGUUGCUGCUUGCAUUACUCUCUAUACGAUCGCCUUCGUCCUACGCUGCUAUGUGCGGUUCUACAUGAAGCGGCUCUUUAUCCUGGAAGAUGCUAUGUGCAUCGUACUUUGGGCCGGCAUGGUAGCACAUUCCGCCAUUCUUCUUCACAACGUGACUAGCGGCGGUGGCAUGCACGAGUGGGACAUAUCACCUGAAGUAUCCCACAAGCAAGAAUACUGGUUCUUUGUGGGCUCCCUACUGUAUAGCUCCCUAAUGGGGUUAGCAAAAGUCGCGGUUCUAUCACUGUACCGCCGGGUCUUCUCCCCACGCAAACGGACCCCCUUCGAUAUCAUGAUCAAGGUUCUCGCCGCCUUGAUUAUCUGUUUCUGCAUCAUUUACAGUUCCAUCAGGAUCUUCUCAUGUCGGCCUAGAGAAAAGAUCUGGAAUCCCUCGCUUCCAGGGAAAUGUGUGAAUUUUCUGUGGAUCUUGUACAUGGGUGGAGGGCUCAACGUCAUCAGCGAUUGGGUUAUACUUCUGCUUCCCCUGCACGCGGUAUACCAUUUGCAGAUGAGGAUAAAGAAGAAGAUCCUAGUUGCCAUCGUCUUCACGUUUGGCGCAUGUGCACCCAUUUGCGCCACCGCUGGGUUAAUCGGACGCAUCACAAUCAGCGACAAAGACGAUCAUUCUUGGUACCGACCAGGGAUCUUGGUUUGGGGCGCCGGUGAAUUGACCUCAGGCAUGAUCAUCCUCUGCCUCCCCGAGCUUGCUCCUCUCUUCCGCCUCAAUUCGCACUCGAGCCGCAACGCGCCGCAUCAGCCGAGCCCUGCCACUAUUAGAGAGCGGAAUCGGCGUCAAGCCGCCAGGCGAGGACCUUCGGACCCUUAUAUAUCAAACUCCUUGAUGGAGACUACGAUCAUUGGAGACGAGCGACCUUAUAUCGAGUUGACAGAUUUGGCAAAGAAUGCUCGUGCCGCGCCCUAUAAUGGGGGAAAGGAUCAACUCGAGACAAUUGAGAACAGGAUCUCAGUAAGGACCGAUAUCAAAGUUGAGACGAGUGAUAUCGCUCAGAGAGCUUAG